GCUGCCUCUUCAGGAAACACCAUUUAAAUGAAAGUGGGAGUGUGCAGUCGCUCUGCAUUUAACACAGCACAGAGGCAGACGCAUCACUCCAAACUACUACGAGAAACUACGAGUCAUUUUCUCACAAGAAGGUGUUCAGAAACGACGACUAGGCUUGAACCAUGUGUGGGAUCUUUGCCUACCUGAAUUAUUGUGUGCCUCGCACCAGAAAGGAGAUAUUUGAGACCCUAGUGAAGGGACUGCAGAGGCUGGAGUACAGAGGGUACGAUUCAGCAGGUAUUGCAGUGGACGGGCCCAACAAGACAACCACUGACAGCAUCAAAAAUGCUAUCUGCUUAAUAAAGAAGAAGGGAAAGGUUAAGAAUCUGGAUGAGGAGCUUUACAAGAAAGACUCACUGGACCUGGACGAGCAGUUGUGCACACACUUUGGUCUGGCUCACACUCGCUGGGCCACACAUGGAGAGCCAAGCGCCGUCAACAGCCACCCUCAUCGCUCUGACAAGGACAAUGAGUUUGUUGUCAUCCACAACGGCAUCAUCACCAACUACAAAGAGCUGAAGGAGUACCUCAUCAUCAAAGGAUAUGAGUUCGAGUCAGAGACGGACACAGAGGUGAUCCCGAAGCUGAUCAAAUAUGUUUACGACAACCAAGAGGGUGACAGUGUCGCUUUCGGCAAGCUGGUAGAGAGAGUCAUCCAGCAGCUGGAGGGGGCCUUCGCUCUGGUGUUUAAAAGUCGUCAUUUCCCAGGAGAGGCUGUGGCCACCAGGAGAGGAAGUCCGUUGCUCAUUGGUGUGCGAAGCGAGCAGGAGCUGCUGACCGAAAACAUCCCAAUCCAGUACAACAGUGUCCAUGAGAAGAACAGCCGUAACCGCUCUGAUUCUGUUAACUCCAUCAACUCUGUGGGAGAUGGCAGCGCCGUAGAGUAUUACUUUGCCUCUGAUGCCAGUGCCAUCAUUGAACACACCAAAAAGGUGCUGUACAUGGAGGACGAUGACAUCGCUGUGGUGACCGGUGGGAAACUGUCCAUCCACAGGAUCAACAGGAAACAUGGGGAAGAUCCAGUGAGGGCAAUCCAGACACUGCAGAUGGAGCUGCAACAAAUCAUGAAAGGUAACUUUGAUGCCUUCAUGCAGAAGGAGAUCUUCGAGCAGCCGGAGUCAAUAUUUAACACCAUGAGAGGCCGGAUAUGUUUCGAUACCAACACAGUGGUUCUCGGCGGGCUGAAGGACCACCUGAAGGAAAUCAAGCGCUGCAGGCGGCUCAUCGUGAUCGGUUGUGGCACCAGCUUCCACGCUGCAGUGGCUACAAGACAGAUCCUGGAGGAGCUGACGGAGGUGCCUGUCAUGGUGGAGCUGUCAAGUGACUUUCUUGAUCGCAACACGCCUGUUUUCAGAGACGAUGUUUGCUUCUUCAUCAGCCAAUCAGGCGAGACAGCAGACACCUUGAUGGCAUUACGCUACUGCAAGGAACAUGGUGCCCUGACAGUCGGUAUAACAAACACUGUAGGCAGCUCCAUUUCUAGAGAAACAGACUGUGGAGUCCACAUCAACGCUGGGCCUGAGAUCGGAGUGGCUAGCACCAAGGCCUACACCAGUCAGUUUGUGUCCCUCGUCAUGUUUUCUCUGAUGAUGAGCGAGGACAGGCUCUCCCUGCAGACCAGGAGACUGGAGAUCCUCAACAGCCUGAGGAUGUUACCAGAGCUGAUCAAGAAGGUGUUGGCGCUAGAUGAGAAGAUCAAGGCCAUUGCCAACGAAAUGUAUCAGCAAAGGUCUCUUCUGGUUAUGGGCCGAGGUUUCAACUAUGCCACCUGCCUAGAGGGGGCGCUGAAAAUUAAGGAGAUCACUUACAUGCACUCUGAGGGAAUCCUUGCCGGAGAGCUGAAGCACGGUCCUCUGGCCCUUAUAGACAAAGACAUGCCAGUCAUCAUGAUCAUCAUGAAAGACGCCUGCUACACAAAGUGCCAGAACGCUCUGCAACAAGUCACCGCCAGAUCGGGUCGGCCCAUCAUCAUCUGUAGCCAGGACGACCCUGAGAUUGUUAAGAAUGCCUACCAGACCAUCGAGCUGCCGCAUGUCGUUGACUGUCUGCAGGGCAUCCUCAGUGUCAUCCCCCUGCAGCUGCUGUCCUUCCACUUGGCUGUCCUGAGAGGAUAUGACGUUGACUUUCCCAGAAACUUGGCCAAGUCUGUGACCGUAGAAUAAUUCACAAAGCACAGCAGAGGAGGAAGGAAGCUAAAAGAUUUACAGUGCAAUUGAAUGUUCUCUAUGGUGUGUGUGUGUGCGUGUGUGCGUGUGUGUGUGUGUGUGUCUGUAUGAGAUGAGUAUAGGGGUUUUUAUGUGUCUUCUUUUUUAAAUAGAAAUGUGAAGUCCGACCAAUACAUUGCUGAGGAAGUGCCAGUGCCAUGGAGGCCUUGUGUAACAAUCUAUGAAGAAUCAUCCAAAGUAUCAUGCUGUGCCUUUUGUCUUGUCUUCAGUUGAGCCAAAAGCACACAACAGGCGAGACAGAAAAGUAAUUAUAUUGUAUAUUGAAGUGUUUACAGUUGUGCAAUAUGGGGACCAAAGUGCUUUAUUUAUGUACACAGUCAUGAGUAAUUAUCUUCCUGUCUUAACUAUGUCUUACAUCUACUGGGUCUUUUUUUUUUUACCUCUCUUUAUAUUAUGGGAAAUGUAGGAGUGAAAACGUUUUAUUCUAAAGAGUUCUGAAAUCAUGCAAAUCUUGUUUAUUUUACUGCCCAUUCAUGCCUACACUGUGCCUCGCUAAAACAUGUUUUAACUACACCAUGACUUCUAUUCAUUUUUAGUGAAAACUACCAGAAGAAUUUCCUCAAUUUAUUUUCACAACCAUUACUUGAUCAUUUUGAUACGUUUUUGAUUUAUUUUAUUGUUAAUUCAUUUUUGUUCACAAAAAUAUAUUAUUUGUAUUCUGUUUAACAGAGCUGCAGUUUCAAAAGACAGGUCAUGGUAGAACGUGAACCUUUUCUUGACCUUCUUGACAUUGGUCUUUAUUUUUGUCAUAUGGUGUAAUCCAUACACAUGCACGAGCAUUUAUGCAGCAAUGAUUCUUUACAGUGAGUUUCGUCAAAAAUUAUGUUUUGUCUGCCAUUUGUAGGGUUUUAUAACAAUGAUAAUCUAUAUUUAUCUUAUUUGUAUUUAAUAGGGGUUCAAAGAGGGUUUGAUUCAUAUCUUUAACUGUGAUUGUAUUUUAUACUGUUUGUUUUUUAGACAUAAACAGGCACUAUCAAUCAAUAAAUAGAUAAAUAAUUA